AGAUUACAGGUCCCUGGAUUAAAGGCAGAUUUGGUCCACACUGUAACAUCAACACUGACUAGUAAAAAAAGAGCAACUGAAACUGUUGGAGCAGCAAAGCUAACAUCAGAUGGAAUACAGAUUAAAAUAAGUUCAGCUACAGACAAGAAUUCAGCACAGACAAAGAGCUACAACCCUCCUAAACUCUGUUUUAAAGUUAUAGAUGAUGUUUCACCUCAGCCUGCUCCUUUUGCGCACCGGUUUGUGGCGCUGAAGUCUAGCCCUCCGCCCUGUGACACCUUCAGUAUCCACACCAGAGAAGUGCUUGGAGGUGGCCGCUUUGGUAAGGUGCAUAAAUGUACGGAGACUAGAACGGGGAUGAGGCUCGCUGCCAAAAUCAUCAACACAAGAAAUUCCAAAGAAAGAGACAUGGCACUGAAUGAGAUGCAGGUCAUGAACCAGCUGAGCCACCCCAACAUCCUCCAGCUUUAUGAGGCCUUCGAGGUCAAGAAUCAAGUCGUGCUCAUCCUGGAAUAUGUGGAGGGAGGCGAGCUGUUCGAGAGGAUUGUGGAUGAAAGCAGUCCGCUGACGGAGGUGGAUGCGAUGGUGUUUGUGAAGCAGAUCUGUGAGGGCGUUCAGUACAUGCAUCAGAUGUACGUGCUUCAUCUGGACCUUAAGCCAGAGAACAUCCUCCUUGUUAAUCGCUCUAGCCAUCAGGUGAAAAUUAUCGACUUUGGACUAGCCAGGAGAUAUAAACCACGAGAGAAGCUCAAAGUUUCAUUUGGAACGCCUGAGUUUUUAGCUCCAGAGGUUGUGAACUUUGAUUUUGUCUCCUUCCCUACGGAUAUGUGGACUUUGGGAGUCGUCACUUACAUGCUUUUAAGUGGCCUCUCUCCUUUUCUGGGUGAUGAUGACGGCCAGACCCUCAAUAAUGUGCUCAUGGGGAACUGGUACUUCGACGAGGACGCUUUUGAGCACGUGUCUGCUGACGCGCGGGACUUUGUUUCCAACCUACUGAUCAGAGAAAGAAGUGGUCGUAUGAGUGCCACACAGUGUCUCAAACACCCAUGGCUCAACAACAUCUUUGAGAAAGCCAAAAGCAGUAACAUCGUGCUCAAGUCACAGGUUCUCCUCAAGAAAUACAUGGCCAGGCGAUUGUGGAAGAAAACUACAUAGCUAUCGCUGCAGCAAAUAGGUUCAAGAAGAUUGGAAGUUCAGGUUCCUUGACCUCACUUGGAAUCUGAGUAUGUUCAAACUCUUAUAAUACACAGGUCAUGUCUUUGUAUUGCUGUGCCGCACUGCAAAUCACCUUUCACCUCUGAAGUUUGACUGGCUGCUGAUUUUAAUUGCAUUGGUAAACCACACAAAUCUAUAAUGUGCAAGAACCAUUUAUUUAUACAAUACAUAUAUAUCUUGUAUAUUGUUUCAAGCAUUCAUAAAUUAAACGUAUAGCUAUAAACACUCACCGGCCACUUUAUUGGGUACACCUUACUAGUACAGGGUUGGACCCCCUUUUGGCUUCAGAACUGCCUUAAUCCUUUGUGGCAUAGAUUCAACAGGGUACCGGAAAUAUUCCUGAGAUUUUAGUCCAUAUUGAAGUGAUAGCAGCACACAGUUGCUGCAGUUUAGUUUGCUGUGCAUCCAUGAUGCGAAUCUCACGUUCCACCACAUCCGACAGGUGCUCAGUUGGAUUGUGAUCUGGUGACUGUGAGGACCAUUUGAGUACAGUGAACUCAUUGUCAUGUUCAAAAAAACAGUCUAAGAUGAUUUGCUCUGCAUGACAUGGUGCAUUAUACUGCUGAAAGUAGCCAUCGGAAGAUAGGUAGGCUUAGGCGUUGACACAAUGCUCAAUUGGUACUAUUGGGCCUAAAGUGUGCCAAGAAAAUAUCCUCCACACUAUUACACCACCACCACGCUGAACUAUUAAUACAAGGCAGGAUAGAUCCAUGCUUCAUGUUGUAGACGCCAAAAUCUGACCCUGCCAUCCUAAUGUCACAGCAGAAGUCAAGACUCAAUCGGCCAAGCAACAUUUUUCCAAUCUUCCAUUGUCCAAUUUUGGCGAGCCUUUGCAAAUUGUAUCUUCAGUUUCCUGACUAAAUGCAUUGAGUUGGUGCCAUGUGAUUGACUGAUUAGAACUUUGCGUUAAUGAGCAGUUGGACAGUUGUACCUAAUAAAGUGGCCAGUAUGGGAGAGCAUGUGGCUAAAAUGGAAAAUGUCCUAAAUAAAAGGGAGCAACUUUUCUUUUUUUUGAUCUGAUAAUGCCUAAGAUUUUAUUAUUCAUAUUUUAAAUGGCCAGUAAAUGAAGACCACGUAUCCAAAAUGUGACAGGAAAAUAAUGGUGGUCUGACAUAUUUUACGAGAAAUAAUUGUUGGUUCAUGAACAGGAAGUAAAAACAAGAAGUUCAGUAUGAAUUUUUGCUCGUAUCAACAAAGUAUUUCAUGCAGAAGAUCCUGUUUUGAAAUGUGACGAAACAUUUAUAUUCAUUUGCUGAUGAUGAUCAGACUGUAAAUACAGGUGGUUAAAUAAGCAGUGGCAUGUUCAUUCAAAUUGCAUGUGUCAUUAAAUUUAUAAUGUGACUUCCAGAAAUAAACGAAUAAGAAAGUAUUGGAAAAACA